AUGUCAAAUGCUGAUCCACAUCACGUCCGCAUUCAGGCUCAGACGUCCAACGUUGGCGGACACAGAUAUCAGCCAGAUGGUGACGACGGCUCCCUGCAUCCAGCUAAGCGGCAGCGAAUCCUUGCUUGCAAGCGAUGCCGUCACCGCAAGCAGAAGUGCGACGGAGAUGGUGCGAGUCCUUGUUCAAACUGUAAAAAGGCCAACGAAGAAUGCUCACCUACGGAGCCAACGUUGAUGCGAGCGCGCUACAAGGCAGAUUAUGUGCAAUCUCUUGAGCAACGAUUAGGCCAACUUGAACGCCUUGUUCCACCAGAAGCAUCGGUGCAUCUCGACAGCAACUUUGGAUCCGGGGAGGAUGACGGACGCGCUCACGAAGAAGAGGGAGUUAGGCAAGUGCCAUUGGCUUCACGCUCUUUCAGCGAUGCCACAUCCCAAAGCACCCAUGUAUCUGCGUCUGGAGCAUCAGGCUCUCCAUCUUCCUACCCCUUCCUGCAAACGACCCAUGGUGGUCCUUCCCAGGAGCAACCCCUCGUCACAGCUGGGGGCAACAUCAUUGGUCUAGUGGGCAGCCUUCCAUCAUCCGCCUUGCGCCAGAACUUGGGGCCACGCCCAGCUUCACUUGAGACCUACCUGAAUCAACUGGCCAUAUGGCCAGACUCAAUUCCUGCACAUGUUGAGGAGCAUCUGAUUGACGUUUAUUUCAACAAUGCCAACAGGAGGUGGCCUUUCCUACUGAAAGAUACUUUCCACUCGUGGCAUGCCUGCUGGAAAAAAAGGUCAGCUGAGCAGCGACAUCAUGGCGAUCUUUGGCAGGGGUUUUUCGUAAACAUGCUCUUCGCCGUCAGCCUCCUACUUGAUCCGAAGCAACCUCUGAGUGUGUCUCAUACCUCGCAGAACUUCUACGACCAAGCCGUCAACCACUAUUUACCAGCAGUAUUACGACACCCGAGUCGAUUGUUGCAUGUUCAAGCCUAUGUUAUGAUGGCCAUUCAUGCCCUGUUUUCACCCUCGACGGAGCAGAUCUCCCUCAUCAUCUCCUCCGCCGUGCGCUACUGCGUUGUGGCUCGGUUUCAUUUGAUCGAAGCGGAACCCGAACCCGUGGACGCCGCCACCCGAGUGGAGAUUCAAUUGCGCCGGAGAGCAUUCUGGGCUGCUUACAGUCUGGAUCGAUUGGCUUGCGGUGUCUUGCGUCUUCCCUUCUCAAUCGCGGAUGACAACAUUACUGUCCCACACUUCGAUAAUAUUGAUGAUUCGGCCCUUGUGGACCUCUCAUUUGCAUCGAAUGGGUCAUCUACAUACACCUCGGUUUCUUCAGCCUUGCAUCGAGAUCGCUGUUUCCAGAUCCAGUCCGAGAUUCUCAACGUCACCAUGCGAUCCGACUUCGCCAUGAACUUCGACUCUCUGUCCGACUGGCGGUCUUACAUCCUGUCGAAGCUGGACGACUGGAAAUCCCAGCUGUUGCAAGCGGCGGAUUCUAACACCAAAUCUCCUACAGAUGAGCGUUGGAUUCAGAUCGUUUACAAUCACUGUCUCCUAUAUCUGCACAUACCGACAAAGUCCAAUGUCCGUGGCCCCGCCGGUGACUGGUCCGUCCAAGCAAGCACCAGAACGAUUUUGAUCUUUCGCAAGUUUCAAGGCUACCGAACACUGCCUCACCCUAUGCUCGGAUUGAUCAGUCAAUUUUCCAUUGGCAUUACCAUCUUGUACUGUCUUUGGGCCACGCCCCCAAAAUUCAGGACUGAAUCGUACAACUCCAAGAAAGUUUUCGAGGCCAUCAGAGCUUGUUCCAACAACUUGACCAUCAUUACAGAGCGAUGGGAGAGCACGAAAGACCUUUCAGACAUUUUUGAGCUUCUGGCAACGGAAGUCCCCCUGGCCGAGAGCGUGUCACGUUACGACGGCGAACGAGCAACAAAGCGCAUCAGCGAUGAAGCCGCUGAAGAAAUCCGGCCCAAACUGCCUCGUGUCAAGUCUCUGGUGUUGAAUCGCGAAACAAUACGAAUGAUAGAAGAGAUGAUUAGCGAAGACUUCCCACGAGACGAAGACAGCACAACGACAACAACCAUGGACGGUUAUCCGGGAAUUGGAGACAAACUCGAUCUAUCUACGAGCACUCUACCCAUGUCGAUGAUAAACCAGCCAUUCUUCACCAACGGCGUGCCUCCGUUAUACCAUUUUCCCAGCCCAGAAUUUCUUUCAGGUGACCACUCUGGCAACAAUGAGCUGAGCGGUCUUUCUCGCAGCCAGACUAUGGAUUUUCCCGGAACCUUUUCUGGUUAUGACAUGUUCUGA